GAGAGGCCUGGAAAAAAUUUUGAUUUGUACGUGGUGUGAUUUUGUUUUUUUUUUGCUGGAGUGGAGUUUGUGUGAGUUCAGCUGUAACAUAUGCAUUAAAACUGUUUAUCUUUUUCCAAUGCAACUCAUGCCGUGAAUAAUUUCAUUUGGUAUGGGACAAAGUUCAAAGGGCUUUAUUUGGUAAAGUGAUUUGACAUGACAGUGCAGGCCCAAGCUCAAGUAUUAGUCCCUCACAUGGGGUCCCAACGGAAACCUAGAUGGUUCUUUGGUGGCUUAUCGUCAGCUUGUGCUGUGUGUAUCACUCACCCGCUAGACUUAAUCAAGGUCCAUUUACAAACACAGCAGGAGGUAAAAAAGCGUGGAUUUCAUUUCGCAGCCAAGAUUAUUAAACAUAACGGCAUUACUGCACUAUACAAUGGCCUUUCUGCAUCAAUAGGAAGACAGUUGACCUACUCUUUGACCAGAUUUGCAAUUUAUGACUCUGUAAAAAACCACCUGACAGAUGACAAUCCUAAUCUUCAAUUGCCAUUCUAUCAGAAAGCUGUCUUAGCAAUGUUCGCAGGUGCAUGUGGUGGUUUCAUUGGUACACCACCAGACAUGAUAAACGUUCGUAUGCAAAAUGAUGUGAAAUUACCAGUGGAAAAAAGGAGAAAUUACAAACAUGUUUUUGAUGGUCUGUGGCGUGUCUAUACAGAAGAGGGAAUUAGAAAGAUGUAUUUUGGUGCAUCAAUGGUGGUGGUUCGAGCCAUGCUAAUGACAUUUGGUCAGCUAUCCUUAUAUGAUCAAUACAAACAAAUGCUACUACAAACUAAAUAUUUUGAAGACAACACGGUAACUCAUUUCACAGCCAGUCUUUGUGCAGCAACUUGUGCUACUGCCAUCACCCAGCCAUUUGAUGUAAUGAAGACGAGGAUGAUGAACUCACCAACAGGGUUGUACAAGAAUGUGUUGCAGUGUGGGAUUCAUAUUGCAAAACUUGGGCCAAUAGCAUUCUACAAAGGGUUUGUUCCAGCAUGGAUAAGGCUUGGACCACAUACAAUUUUGACAUUUAUUUUCUUUGAACAAUUUAAAAAACAUUUUGGAAUUGUUCCAAAAGUAUGAUCUUUAGACAACCUACAAGUUGGGCACAUUUUUAUUUCUGCUUUUGUUAUAUAUUUUAAAUAUAUAUACAGUGUCUUGCGAUCUAAACAAAAAAAAAUCAAUUCAAUACUGUAUAGCUUUAUAUAAUUAAGGCGAGACGUUUUCAUAUCUUGUUUAGUGAACCUGCCGUCCGCUAAGGAUAAUUUUGAAUAAAAAUAAAAAUAAAAUUUUAUUUUUUGCCAAUUAGCUACCAGAAAAAAAUGGAAGUUUCAGAAAAAAAUAAAGGUUUUUAUUACUCCUGCCAAUGCGGGAAUAAGAUCUAUAUAUAUUUCUUCCUAAUUAUAUAAAUUUAAAGUAUUUAACCAUCUCAUUACUACACUCUUUACAUUCACCAAUCAAAUUUUAUUUUUAUUUUCUCCUCCGUCCAAAUGUUUUUGUCAAAAA